GGUUUACCUGGAACCCCUGGAUCUAAAGGACAACCUGGUAAUGAUGGAUAUGAUGGAGUUCCUGGACUUAAAGGAGAUGCAGGUUUACCCGGUUUACCUGGACAAUCAGGUCCCAAGGGUCAGUCAGGAUUACCAGGAUUGGAUGGACGCCCUGGACUGAAGGGUGACCGAGGCAACGAUGGUAGACCUGGCUUACCUGGUUUAUCUGGACCUAAAGGUCAACCUGGUUCACCUGGUUUACCAGGUCAAUAUGGUUUACCAGGAGAGAAGGGAGAU